UCACUUCACUGUUGAAUCUUGGAAGUGCUUUGAGUUUAUUUGUAGUGGUACUUUCUAUGAGCUUCAACCACCAACAUCAUUGUCCUGAAAGAAAAAAGGUGACUUCCUUUCUUUAAUUUCUUGGGGUUUUAAUGGAAGAUUCGGAGUGGGUACUUGUGAAAGAACCAACAGACAGAGAUUUAUGGAACCCAAGUUUGAAAAAUGCUGAAAAAAGUUCAAGGCCUCUUGAGAUAAGGUUCAAUGAGCCAGCUAAGCACUGGACUGAUGCCCUUCCUAUUGGUAAUGGCCGUCUUGGUGCUAUGGUUUGGGGUGGUGUUGCAACUGAGAUUCUCAAUCUUAAUGAGGAUACACUUUGGACUGGAACUCCCGGGGAUUAUACUAAUCCUGAAGCUCCAAAGUCGUUGGCUGAGGUCAGAAAACUUGUUGAUAAUGGCCAAUACGCUGAGGCUACUGAAGCUGCUGUAAAUUUGAUGGAUAAUUUCCCUGAGGUUUACCAGCUCCUUGGAGAUAUUAAGCUUGAGUUUGAUGAUUCUCAAGGGACAUUUCACGAAGAAAAGUAUGAGAGAGUGCUGGAUUUGGACACAGCAAAAGUGAAAGUUAACUACUCUGUCGGUGGUGUAGAAUUUGCAAGGGAAUAUUUUGCAUCAAACCCAGAUCAAGUGAUUGCAGCAAAGGUUUCCGCAAAUAAGCCGGGAUGCUUAACUUUUACCCUAUCCAUGGAUAGCAAAAUGCAUCAUCAUACUUAUGUCAGUGGAAAUAAUCAGAUCACCAUGGAAGGAAGUUGCCCAGGCAAAAGAAAGACAACGAAGGUGUAUGUGAAUGACAAUCCCGAAGGAAUUAAGUUUGCUGCGAUUCUCGAUUUACAGAUCAACGAGGGUUCGGGUAUUAUACAUGUUUUAGACAAUAGAAGGUUCCGUGUGGAGAAAUGUGAUUGGGCUAUUAUCCUUCUAGUGGCCGCUUCAUCAUUUAAUGGACCGUUUACCACAGUGGAUUCAAAAAAAGAUCCCAAGUCAGAAUGUUCAAGCAUGAUGAAUUCAAUAAAGAAGUUUUCAUAUUCUGAAUUGUAUGCACGGCACUUGGAUGACUAUCAGAAGCUGUUUCAUCGAGUUUCCUUGCAGUUGUCGAAAAGCUCUGACAGUGUAGCAAGUGAAAGUGCUACAGUUUCGACUGCAGAUAGGGUGAAGUCUUUUAAAACUGAUGAAGAUCCAUCCCUUGUGGAGCUUCUAUUCCAGUAUGGGCGAUAUCUACUUAUUGCUUGUUCACGUCCUGGGACCCAGCCUGCAAACCUGCAAGGCAUAUGGAACUACAUGUUAGAGCCACCAUGGGAUUGUGCCCCUCACUUGAAUAUCAAUCUUCAAAUGAACUAUUGGCAUGCACUCUCGUGUAAUCUUAAGGAGUGUCAAGAACCUCUCUUCGACUACAUAACAUCUCUGUCAAUCAACGGAAGCAAAACUGCAAAAGUGAACUAUGAAGCUUCAGGUUGGGUUGCUCAUCAUGUGUCUGAUAUAUGGGCAAAAACAUCUCCAGAUCGAGGUCAGGCUGUCUGGGCUCUGUGGCAAAUGGGCGGAGCGUGGCUUUGCACUCAUUUAUGGGAGCAUUACACUUAUACAAUGGACAAAGCCUUUUUAGCAAAUAGAGCUUAUCCCUUGCUGGAAGGAUGUACUUCAUUUCUGUUGGAUUGGUUGAUUGAAGGGCGUGGAGGGUAUUUAGAAACCAACCCAUCAACCUCUCCUGAGCAUAAUUUUACCGCUCCUGAUGGUAAACCAGCUAGUGUGAGCUACUCAUCAACCAUGGACAUGUCAAUCAUAAGAGAAGUUUUCAAUGACAUUAUUUUUGCUGCUGAGGUCCUUGGAAAAAGUGAAGAUCACCUGAUUAAAAGAGUCUGUAAAGCUCAACCUCGUCUUCGGCCAACCAAAAUUGCACGAGAUGGUACAAUCAUGGAGUGGGCACAAGAUUUUGAGGAUCCAGAGCCGCAUCAUCGUCAUGUUUCACACCUUUUUGGCGUCUUCCCGGGCCACACAAUCACUGUGGCUGAGACUCCUGCCCUCUGUAAAGCCACUGAUAAUACCCUGUAUAAAAGAGGGGAGGAGGGUCCAGGUUGGUCAACAACAUGGAAAGCCGCACUAUGGGCACGUCUUCAUGACAGCGAGCAUGCUUACCGCAUGGUCAAGCAUCUAUUUUAUUUGGUAGAUCCUGAUCACGAGGUCAGCUUCGAAGGAGGUCUCUACUCUAAUCUGUUCACAGCACACCCUCCUUUUCAGAUUGAUGCCAACUUUGGUUUUUCUGCAGCAAUAGCAGAAAUGCUUGUGCAGAGCACCAUGAAAGAUUUGUACUUGCUCCCAGCCCUUCCUCGAGAUAAAUGGCAAAAUGGUUGUGUUAAAGGCUUGAAAGCACGGGGAGGUGUGACAGUCAGCAUCUGCUGGAAUGAAGGAGAUCUUCAUGAAGUUGGCCUAUCAUCAAAUGAACAGACUACUACGAAAAGGCUGCAUUAUAGAGGACGAACUGUGGCUGCAAAGUUGCUGACCGGCAAGGUUUACACGUUCAACAAGCAGUUGAAUUGUGUGAAGACAUACACUCUCUUCUAGUGGUACACCGUACAAGUUUAGCUUGAUGGUCAGCUAAAUGAGAGAACUUGAAUUCGACAUAUAUUAGGAUAAAGCAUAGGGACUAAGGUUCUUGAUUUUUAUGCAAAGAUGAUCUCUAUUUGUGUGGUCCGCUUUAGUGGCUGCAUUUUCACCUUUAUAUAACUUUAUAAUUACCAUGUUAAUAACCGACAUCACUUUAAUUUGGAGGUGUUGUUGCCUUUUCUG